UAAAGUGUUGUUUCCCGUGACUUGAUAGACUGUAAGCAGAUUCUCGCCACAUAUCAUUCGCAGCCACUUCUUUACACUAAAAUAAGUAUUCUUACGAGUGUUUCAUCAUUCCUCCUGCGGGAACUAUACGCCGGUCUAGUACAUAUACUUUUGAAUUUUGGAGGGAGAUAUCUGUUAGCGUCUGUCUAUUCUAGCAAAGACGUUCCAACAGUAUGCUUCCGUCUUUUGGUUUCACUCAGGAUCAGGUGGCCUGUGUGUGCGAGGUACUGCAGCAAGGCGGUAAUAUUGAGCGACUCGCUCGGUUUUUGUGGUCAUUACCGGCCUGCGAACAUCUACAUAAAAAUGAAAGUGUACUGAAAGCUAAAGCUAUAGUCGCAUUUCAUCGAAGUAAUUUUAGGGAACUUUACAAAAUCCUUGAAAGUAAUAACUUUGGUUCGCACAACCACCCUAAAUUACAAGCGUUGUGGUUGAAGGCACACUAUGUUGAGGCGGAAAAGCUCCGUGGCCGGCCGCUUGGCGCAGUAGGAAAAUACCGUGUACGGCGCAAGUUUCCACUGCCUAGGACGAUAUGGGACGGGGAAGAAACAAGUUAUUGUUUCAAGGAGAAGUCAAGGAGUAUGUUACGAGAAUGGUAUUCACACAAUCCAUACCCAUCUCCGCGUGAAAAACGGGAGCUAUCUGAAGCCACCGGCUUGACCACAACUCAAGUAAGCAACUGGUUCAAAAAUCGUCGUCAACGGGACAGAGCAGCUGAAGCUAAAGAAAGGGAAAACGUAGAGCAGGAAAACAAGGCACUGGGUCGAGCAAGCACAAGUUCCGAAGACGAGUCGGGUAUGUUAGAGAACGGCGAGGCCUCGGAUUUAAGUUCACCACAGCACUCCUCGCAUCUUGUUCAGGGUAUGACGACACUAAUGCCUCAUCCGCCAUCAGCCCCGUCGGCAAUAGCAGUAAGCGGCCAUGAUGUUAUGACAUCAAGCCUUAACACUUCCAUAUUGGCUCCUAUGCCUAACAAUCAUUUAGUAGACCUAGGAUCCUAGCCCGAGUAGACAUAACCUAGACGAGCUUGAAUUUGCAAUAUUCUCGAGCUUAAAAUUAAGCAUUUCUCUCCUCUCAUUAUGAACUUUUAAAAGCUUUAUCUAACGUGUGUAAUGUGUUGUCCUGUAAAAUCAAAAACUCAAGAAAUUAUUAAUGCCGAAGGCAAUUUGAAUCUAUGUAAACCACUUGAGCUCGAAUGUGUUGAAGCUGAAAGCUAAACACGGAAACUGUCUUCAAAUAUGAAGUACUAUCGUCAACCUUAAUGUUCUCUGUGUACCAAUGCCAUACUAUGUGUAGCUAAGCCAAGAGUUAGGCCUCUGCGUUGUUGCAUCGAUCAAGGUUUAAUUCACCCCUGAAUAAGUGACUGUAGUCCGAGUGGUGUUCAGUCACUGUAGCUGCAUGCCGCUAGCUAGCUAGCACGGAGCAGGGUGAAUGCCACACUUCAAAAGCCAAAUAAUAUAGAUUGGCAAACACAAACCAGCUGACUUAGUUGACUAUAUACACAUUAACAGACUGAUGAGCUAUCAAUUCAUCUCUUUGUAUAUCACAUUCAUUUAAACUAUUGCUCGAAAUUAAUUGGUCUUUUUUUUCAAAGACAAUGAUAGUAAUAACUACUGUAUAUCGACAUCUGUUAUGUAAUGUAAAGUGCGUUGACAUUUCCGUUCCUAGUGUUGUAUGGCUUAAAUUAUUUUUUAAAAACUUCUAAAUGAACGUAUGUUGUAUAAAAGUUAUUUGCAUUGUAACUGGAGGAUAAUGGUCAUCAUAGGAUUUAAGACAAAAAUACUUAGGUAAAUAUGAAAAAUGAGAUAUACAAAUAAUGUAACAGAAUCGCCCAUAAUGCUUUAAACAAGAUAUUUAUACAGGUUAAGCAUGGCUGCUAUGAGAAAGUCGCGUAGCAUAGUACGAUCUGUAAUGCUUCUCUAUAUGUUAUGUAUUCUAUUCUAUUACUAUGUCUUAACUACUACAAAUACUGUAUAGGCAUAACAGUAUGUUCGUCCACUUCCAGCGUCUACCUAAGCACAACCACUACCGGCAAUAGCGAAUAUACUGAACAAAAUUAAUUACCACUUAACUGAUCAGUGCAUAUUUCUUUCUUGGCGCUUAUGAAUUAUUUUAACGUUUAAUUACCUCCUUAGGUUUUCUGUAGUGUUUCUUGCAAAAAUGGGAUUUUUGACCAUAGGGACACCGUCCUUAUAUUAUUGUACAGUAACUUAAUGAUGACUAAUGUAAUACUGUAAUAAUAAUACACUACAACUAACAGUAACUACAGAUACCAUCACCUACCACGACCACCACCCACUACUAGGUCUACUACUAAAUAGCACCAACAGAAAGCAGGCUACUAUUUAUUUCUAUUGCCGGUAAUAUAACUAGACCUAUAACCAUCUCGUACUACUACCACCACGUUUACUAAUAGGGACUACUAUCAGUUUGUGCAUUUGGGACCACCUACAAAUUUAUUAGAUGUGCUAUUGUACUAUCGAGUAAUAGUUUAUUCCUCUUUUAGGGCUACUUGUAGUAUUAAAACUACUACUCAUACUACUCAAGUACAGCUACUACCACCUCUGUGCUACAAAAUAGGCCUACUUCUGCUACUGUCGCUUCUGCAACUACAAUAAUGCUGUCUUUAGUUAUCUUCCUUACUUUUCUACUUAAUAAAACCCUAUUUUUGGUUGGUCCUUUCAAAGCUAAAAACUUUCAAAUUAUCACCAAAUUGCGUCUUUGAUAGCGGCUAUUUUGUAUAUAACAGAACGUUCAACCUUCAAACAAGGCUGUUAAUAAGACUAAAACUUAAAGUUAGCCAAUAUUGGGAAAGUUCAUCUCACAUAUUAAAUAAUAUGUCUUCAAUUAUGUUCCUCCAUGCAAAAACUGUUUAAUGAAUAUUGUUUUAAAAGAAUUUAAGAAAAUAAAACUGGUGUAACUGGUGUAAAUAGAUAAAUGAUAAACUUGAAAAAUAUUACCAAUAGAAAGAAUGUAUGUUACCCGUAUUCGGAAAACAUGCAGUAAAUUUUAACAAACAGGGUAAAAAGUUGCGUACCAAACGAGCAAUUUGCAGCUCGAGUGUACAUCUCUCUUUGCAUUUGCGACUUUGCGUGUCAGUAUUUUGCGGAAAAUAAGAGUAAAUAUACGUUUUGACAAUCUGAAAAUAAAUGGUUUAAAACGAGAUA